GUCUGCUUUAUUAGGACCGUUACCUCGUAUCUGAGCAGGUAACCACUGGCCGCUAGAGUAAAGGGUAAUUAUCACCACCGAAGAGGGAAUGAUACCGACUGCUGGCCUGUAGCCGUUUGCUUGUGCGAGAAAAUUAGACCGGUUGCAUCGUAUGAGCAAAUAUAGUGCACAACUGACCCGACUGGGUGAAGCCGCGAUGCAGCGUGUGUGAGCGCAGCCAGCAAUGGCUUACAGGGAGAGGCCUGGGACCAGUGGCAGCAGCAGGGCUCGGAGCCGCCCGACCCAUUUCACUGCAGAGGGGCCUGAUGAGGGGCCCCAGAGCAGGGGGGUGGGGCCAACUUCGCGCUACUGCGGCACCAAGGGGCCUGAUGCAAAGAGCAGCCAGGCAGCGGCGCCCAGCCACACGCAUGCAGCUCAGCGACCUCGGGCCGACAGCGCUGACGAGGAGCCUUCUGCCCCUGCUGCGCCCCGUGGCCACAGUCACACAAACUUCCAUAUCCCCGGCGAGAGCGCCGAUGAGGACUCCAGUUCUGACUAUGUGAACAACACAUCGGAGGAAGAGGAGUAUGACGAAGGGCUACCUGAAGAUGAGGAGGGCGUGACAUACUAUAUCCGCUACUGUCCCGAGGAUGACGCGUACCUGGAGGGGGUGGACGGCGUCGAGGAAGACUACGGCAGCGGCAAUGUGAGGCUCCCCCCUGACGCGGGCCGUGGCCAGGAGGCCGUGGAGGAGAGAGCAGAGCCUCGAGGAAAGUCUGCAGUGGUGGAACGUGAUUCUGUGGGUUCGAGGUGUAACAGCCAGCCCAAAGUGACGCGGGACCAUUGUGCAGUGGCCCACGCCCAUCCAAUGUCAGGGAAUGCAGGGGAGGACAAGGAGGAAGAGGCGGAGACUGAGUACUGUCCAAGCAAAGAGGAAGAAGUCCAACAGAAGGCGCCAGACUCAUGGAGCCCCCAUGGUCGAGAAGGGAACCGGAAUACAGGCCAUUCCUCCAGCCACCAGGGGGCAGCGGUGCCCGACAAGCACCUGGACCGCAUCGUGGCUGACAUCAAGAUGAGCAUGACCGUGAGCGGCAGUGACAGCGGCAGUGCUCCUGAGCAGCCGGCCGCCCCUUACGUGCCCCGCUGCCACGAGGGCCGCCCCCGAUCGCUGAAUAUCCCUUCUGCUCAGUUGAACCACCCUGACCCUCAGGAAGGCUUCACAGUGCAGGGGCGCACAGCGGAGGAGAGGCUUCAGUGGGUGCAGGAGCAGCUACAGGUGGCUAGUGGCACAGAGCAGCCCAGCAAGCAGCGUCAGCAGCGAUCCGAUCUGAACAGGCCCCCAGAGAACAGCACCGGCCCCGAGCCAACCAGAAAGAACGCCGCUUUCCCCAGCUUCGUGGACGUCCCGGGCCCCUGCGAGCCAGAGGACCUCAUUGAUGGUAUCAUCUUUGCUGCCAACUACCUGGGAUCCACACAGCUUCUGUCUGAGCGGAACCCACCGAAGAGCGUUCGCAUGAUGCAGGCCCAGGAGGCUGUCAGCCGAGUUAAGAGUCCGGAGGGAGACGGGCACAGCACCCUGACGGAAGUGGAUCUGUUUAUUUCCACACAGAGAAUCAAAGUGAUCAAUGCUGACACACAGGAGACCAUGAUGGACAAUGCACUGCGCACCAUCUCCUACAUCGCUGACAUCGGCAGCAUCGUGGUGCUCAUGGCACGGCGGCGCACCUCACAGAGCCGAUCGGAGGCCGCGCCGGGCACUGGCGAUGCCAAGAAGCAGUACAAGAUGGUCUGCCACGUCUUUGAGUCGGAGGACGCACAGCUCAUUGCGCAGUCCAUCGGACAGGCGUUCAGUGUGGCCUACCAGGAGUUCCUGCGGGCCAAUGGCAUCAACCCUGAGGACCUGAGCCAGAAGGAGUACAGCGACAUCAUCAACACACAGGAGAUGUACAACGACGACCUCAUCCACUUCUCCAACUCUGAGAACUGCAAAGAGCUGGAGUUGGAGAAGCAGAAGGGUGAGAUCCUGGGCGUGGUGAUCGUGGAAUCAGGCUGGGGCUCGAUCCUGCCCACCGUCAUCCUGGCCAACAUGAUGAACGGCGGCCCGGCCGCCCGCUCCGGCAAGCUCAGCAUCGGCGACCAGAUCAUGUCCGUUAACAAGACCAGUCUGGUGGGCCUGCCGCUCGCCACCUGCCAGAGCAUCAUCAAGGGUUUAAAGAAUCAGACACAGGUGAAGCUGAACAUCGUGAGCUGCCCGCCGGUCACCACAGUGCUCAUCAAGAGGCCUGACCUCAAGUACCAGCUCGGCUUCAGUGUGCAGAACGGCAUCAUCUGCAGUCUGAUGAGAGGUGGCAUCGCAGAGCGGGGUGGAGUCCGCGUUGGACACCGCAUCAUCGAGAUCAACGGGCAGAGCGCAGUGGCCACCGCCCAUGAGAAGAUCGUCCAGGCCUUGUCCAACUCCGUGGGUGAGAUUCACAUGAAGACCAUGCCGGCUGCCAUGUUCCGCCUGCUCACCGGCCAGGACACCCCCAUGUACAUCUAGGACCUUAUGUCCUUCACUAUAUGAGCCACAAGCACCUGCAGAUUACUCCUCCUGUAAAGCAAGCUGAUGCUGCACACAUAACCACCAGGGGGCGCCAACACCCCCAUCUCUGGCGAUUUAGUUUGUUUUUCCAUUUCAUGCCCUUUAAAAUGUGACACCCUACACUGACGACUCCGUGUGGCGGAACAUGAAACAGGCGACAUUUUCCCCAGUUGACAUAGAUGUGAUCUGUUAAUUGUGCUGUUGGUUUGUGGGAUUCAUGUGCAAUAAGACCAUUUGGGAAAUGUGACUGAACACAUUAUUUUUUAUAUGCACAUGGGUAUGUAUUUGUUAUAUACUGUAUAUAUUAUAGUUUAUUUCUCCUCUUUUCCUCUGUAAAUACAGAUAUUCCCCUUUUUCACCCAGUGGAUUUUUUUGUGGGAAAGGCAAAAUGUAUGACUUGUACUGUCUGAAGUCUUUAAGAUUUUUUUUUAUCUCCAGUGUGAGAGGAAAGAGGGACAGAUUGGUCUGGGGACCUGAUGAAUAUGGUGCCUUCGGGCAAAGGUACGAAUUGGCCGAUAGUCGCAAAAUCACUGCAAUGGUUUGAGGAAAACAUUGAGAGAAAUUACUGUUAGGUGACUGAAGUUGUCAUGACGACAGUGAUGUGCAGGAAAGGCUGACACGUGCCUUCAGUGCAGUGGGGACUGAAGGUUGGGGUCUGGGUGCGGGACGUACGACCACACGGCAAAGCCAGGAAGUGCCGUGACGGCGCCCAGGGCUCUGGACCACAGCUGGGAGCUUUUCUGGAUAUCAAGUCAAAAGUGAAAAAAAUAGGGCUUUUUUAAUGACUGUAUGUAAGCAGAACUUAUGAGAUUGGAUUGUUCUCCAAGUUGCAACUCCGGGUUUAAAAGUCCAACGGCCAAACUGAAAUCGAAUCAUAAAUGAUAAAUCUAAACUUUGUAUGACGAUAUGAACAUCGUUUUUUUUUUUUUCUUCUGAGACACAAGCCCCGCACUGUUCAUCGUAGGUUUGUUUUGGGUGGACUGUAUGUACUGUGAUUAAAGUCUAGCUAGCUGUGUCAUCCACGUGAGCCGAUCGUAGAGCGUGUCUAGGACCGCGCCCGCAGGGGAGUCCGCCUCCGUCCUCUCCGUCUCCUUCACGUCUUCAUCCUGCUCAGCAGGGCUCUGGUGAUACUGACUGAAGCUUCACUGUGAAGCUGGAAGCCUCACUGCUCAGACCUGCUUUCUAAAUGUAUCACGAUCUCCCCAAAGGGAGACCGGGACCUGGCCAGCGUGACGCUUUAUCCGUUUGCAUGCCGCCGACGUCCUCCUGGAACAGUGACAUAAUAAACAUGCUUCCCUUCGAGCCGAGAAGCCGGUCGCCUCCUUGCCAUCUCCCGCGUUUUGGUGCUGGGUGGAAAACCCAGCGGAUCUUUAAGCUAGGUGCCAGGUGGCUGAUCUCCAUGCCGUGUGCUGGGAGCGCUGCACGCUGUGUGCGUUACUGCUGGAACUGCAUUUGGACUAAAGACAUGCCGUGUGCUGAGGGGUAUAUGUGUGGGGGCUGUCAACUACUCACUUUGUAAGUAUCGGUGUAUGUUACAGUGCUGUAUUGGUUUUUAUGUAUACAGGAUUCAUUAAAUGGACAGAGGAAAUGUGUAAGUGUGUA